AUGGUGAAGGAGCGGUUCCGGGAGACGGAUGUAGCUAAGAAAACGGAAGACGCGGCCGGGACUACUGGGAAGUCACCAACCCAAACCUCCACCUACACUGACCAGGAGCAGCAGAUGACAAGGUUGGAGAAACUCACCCUUCAGCUACAGAGUAUAACAUACAAGCAAAUUGAACUGCGUGGAAUCCUGGGCAGUUAUAUAGACAAGGAUUUGCAGAACAGGCUGAAUUCUUUUGGGAUGCUGAAAAAGGAGCAUAAACAGGUGACGUCAGACUUGCAGAAAAUGCCCAUGGAGAUCAGUGACGGUGUGAACAAGGUCAAACAGCUGAUUGAGGAGAAUGUAUCCUACAGUUACCACCACAGCCAGGUCCUCCGAGAUUGUACUCAGAUGAAGAAGAAUGUACAUUUGUUGAGACUGAAGAACAGACUGCUGUGGAAGGAGCAGAUUGAACUGCAAGAGUCCUAUGAGGAGCUGAAGAGGCAACUGAAGGAGAGCCAUGAGAUGAUCUGUGACCCUUCUGCUGAGCAGCAGCAGGUAGGCUGA